CAGUCGACGCGAGGGCCGCUCGAUCUGCGUCUGCGCUCGUCAGUCGUAUGACUCCGAGAAGGGCAUCUACGUAGUUGAAGAUUUUAUUUCGAACCGGGAUUAUUGUACAAAAAGUGCCAUGUUAAACGUCGCCUCUAUGGCUGCGCGCUCCGCGCCGGCCCUCUCUGUGAAGGGCGCGGGGAUGCCAGCUUUGACAGCAGUUGCUCGCAACUUCCACUACACUGUUGGUGGUGUCAAAUCCGAGGCUAAAACUUCAGACGCUGUGUCUCGGGACUACCCAGUUGUUGACCACACAUUUGAUGCUGUGGUAGUGGGAGCUGGUGGGGCUGGCCUCCGAGCUGCCUUUGGUCUUGUGGCCGAAGGAUUCAAGACGGCUGUUAUUACCAAGCUUUUCCCAACCAGAUCACACACAGUUGCUGCUCAAGGUGGUAUUAAUGCAGCUCUUGGUAACAUGGAACCAGAUAACUGGGUUUGGCACAUGUAUGAUACGGUGAAAGGAUCAGAUUGGCUUGGAGAUCAAGAUGCAAUUCACUACAUGACCCGUGAAGCUCCUAAGGCUGUGACAGAAUUAGAAAACUAUGGUAUGCCCUUCAGCCGAACUCCUGAAGGAAAGAUCUAUCAACGAGCCUUUGGUGGUCAAUCUUACAAUUUUGGCAAAGGUGGCCAGGCACACAGAUGCUGCUGUGUUGCAGACCGAACUGGUCACUCCCUUCUUCACACCCUUUAUGGCCAGUCUCUUCGGUACGAUUGCAAUUACUUCAUUGAGUACUUUGCCCUCGACCUUUUAAUUGAAGAUGGAGAAUGCCGAGGUGUUAUUGCCAUUUGUCUGGAGGAUGGAUCUCUUCACAGAUUCAGAUCUAAGAAUACCAUUCUUGCAACUGGAGGCUAUGGACGUGCUUACUUUUCCUGCACAUCAGCCCACACCUGCACUGGUGAUGGCACAGCAAUGGUCACACGUGCUGGCCUGCAGAAUGAAGAUCUGGAGUUUGUUCAGUUCCACCCUACUGGUAUUUAUGGUGCUGGUUGUCUCAUCACUGAAGGAUGUCGUGGUGAGGGAGGCUACCUCAUUAACAGCCAGGGUGAGCGUUUCAUGGAGCGUUACGCUCCAGUAGCCAAGGAUCUUGCAUCUCGUGACGUCGUGUCUCGGUCCAUGACCAUCGAGAUCCGUGAAGGACGUGGCUGUGGACCCGACAAGGACCACGUUUACCUGCAGCUGCACCACCUGCCCCCAGAACAGCUGGCUACCCGUCUGCCUGGUAUCUCUGAGACAGCCAUGGUGUUCGCUGGCGUGGACGUGACCCGCGAGCCCAUCCCCGUGCUGCCCACCGUGCACUACAACAUGGGCGGUGUGCCCACCAACUACAAGGGACAGGUGCUGAAGAAUGACGGCACCGACGAGAUCGUGCGCGGCUUGUACGCCGCCGGAGAGGCUGGUUGCUCCUCCGUGCAUGGCGCCAACCGGCUGGGCGCCAACUCUCUACUCGACCUGGUUGUGUUCGGCCGCGCCUGCGCCCACGCCAUCGCUGAGGAGAACAAGCCCGGAGAAGCUAUUGGACCUCUGAAGGCGAAUGCUGGAGAGGAAUCAGUUGCCAACCUAGAUUCCGUAAGGUAUGCUGAUGGACACACCUCAACAGCUGACUUGCGCCUGAGAAUGCAAAAGUGCAUGCAGACAAAUGCAGCUGUAUUCCGAACUGCUGAGACCCUCCAGGAAGGCUGCAAGCAGAUGGACGCUAUUUACAAAGAACUUAAGGAUCUGAAGAUCUCUGACAGGAGCUUGGUCUGGAACUCAGAUUUGAUUGAGAGUUUGGAGCUACAAAAUCUCCUCCUGAAUGCUAUGCAAACCAUCUACUCUGCAGAGAACAGGAAGGAAAGCAGGGGUGCUCAUGCACGUGAAGAUUUCAAGAGCCGUAUUGAUGAGUAUGACUACUCUAAGCCUCUGGAAGGCCAGACACCUUUACCGGUUGAAAAGCACUGGAGGAAGCACACUCUUACCCGAAUGGACCCUGAAACUGGCAAGGUCACCAUUACUUACAGGCCUGUCAUUGAUCACACUUUGGAUGACAAGGAGUGCAAGACAGUUCCUCCAGCAAUUAGGUCAUAUUAGAUUCUUCAAAUAGUAGAUUUAAUGCAGCUCAAUUCUGCAACAGCACAUGCAUGCCCCAUGAUUGUCUCUGGUGGUAAAAUGUCUAGAUCCAAUCUGUGUGGACCUGUGAAGUGAGCUUUGCUGACUGACUUAUUAUAAAAAAGAUGCAGUUAUGAUUUUGUUGUACAAAAUAGAGGCCAGUGUGAGAACUAUAAAUGUCAUUCUUUUUUCUUGUAUAACUUAAAAUUGUGCUUAUUUUAUCAGUGGUCUGAGAAUCUAUGUACAUUUCUCAUUGUUUUAAACCUUUUACUGAUUACAUAUGUCUCAUCAGUGCACAAAUCUGUUAUUUAGAAUUAAAAUCAGGUAAAGACAUA